AUGAAGAUAAACUCAACCCAGUGCCACCAUACGUCGCAACGAUCCGGGGCAGACUGGCUGCAGUCCAUGGCGCGUACGGCGUAUUGUCCGAUUGCAACGUGGAGCCGCGAGGCGACGCUGGCAGCGCCCCUUCGCAGGCCGUGGGUGGUGUCCAUGUUAGCGCAUAGCGAGUUUCAAGGGCCCUUAACCCAGGACCGGAAUCUUUUCGGGACGCUGUCCGCCAGCGCCAGCGCCAAUGCCAGCGCCAAUGCCAGCAUCGAGCUAGUGCAUAUGCGUGUUGUGUGUUAUGUGCUGGGAUUUCUGCACGCGGAGCUGUCCUCGCGGACCGUGCGAGCCGGGCCAACUGGCGACGGGCGCAGAUCUUGGUCGUAUUGGAUAGAGGGCAGUGAGCAGGCACAGAGUCGCUGCAGAGCCAACUUCAAACCUGCGGUCAACGCUGUGCCUGAACGGCCAACUAGAACAGACCCUCACCCCUCGCGCCACAGCGACCCCAGCGGUUUGUUCGGAACUGGGAUGUUUGCUGGUGGCGGCCGCGUCGUCAACCCGACACGGCGGAAUAUGGAGAAAAGUUUCCCCCGGGGUGUGCGGCUCAAAGAGACAAAACCCCACUGGCUGAUGGGGAGCCGCCUCAAAGAGGAGAAGGGGUGCCCUGCUCGGGCUCCCCAGGCCUAG